AUUUGUAGUUCUGCGGUCGACGUGUGCGAAUCUUCUUCGGUAGAGAGAGUGUGCGCGAGGAUAUGGUACCAUCCGGGGUGGUACAACAAAUAGGGCAUCGGUUGUCUUCAUAGUGGGUUGGAAGGAAAUCUCACCUCCCACCACCUCCCACCACCCACUCGCCGCAUUCCAUGUGGUGGUCGAGUUCUCGUUCCGUUUGUGUGCUUUUUAUUCUGCUGCUGCUGCUGUGAAAAAUUCAAGUGAAACUUUCUAGAAUACACAAAACGACGACGGAUGCAAAGAAGUAACAUUCUCGUUAAAAGUUAAUUGUUGAGAGUUGCCGGAGUUGUUUCCGUUUGCGGGAUUAGGGUUGAAUUGUAAAGUGUGUGUGCCUCAGUGGGGGAAAAGUGUGCGGGAGUUUGAAGAAAAAAAUCAACCACAGAGAGUUCAAUCCAUCGAUGCGUCAUGAUGAAUGACAAGACUACGGAAAAAGGUGACGCCAAUUCGACCGGUGGUGAACCGGAGGCGGACAGAGAAAUGCUGCUGUCCACCGCGGAAGCAUCGACCUACUCGGCCCAAGAGGUAGCCGCCCGGCUAAGGGUGGAUGUGCGAACCGGGCUACGAUGGGCCGAAGCCAACAGCCGAUCGAAAAUCGUAGGCUACAAUGAGCUCAACGCGCUGGACGAGGAACCGCCGUGGAUGAAAUAUGUCCAACAGUUCAAAAACCCCCUCAUUCUGCUACUGUUGGGUUCGGCAGUGGUGAGUGCGUGUAUGAAACAGUUUGAUGAUGCCGCCAGUAUUACGAUAGCGAUAAUUAUCGUCGUCACAGUCGCAUUCAUUCAGGAGUACAGAUCUGAGAAAAGCUUGGAGGAGCUCAAAAAAUUGGUCCCACCAGAAUGUCACUGUCUACGAGAAGGACGACUCGAAACAUUCCUCGCGCGAAACAUCGUCCCGGGCGAUAUAGUGUAUCUGAACGUGGGUGACCGGGUGCCGGCGGAUAUCCGAAUAUUCGAAGCGUACGACCUAUCCAUCGACGAGUCGAGCUUCACCGGUGAGACGGAACCGGCGCGGAAAAGCAUCGAAGUGGUGCUCAACGCCAACAGCUCCAAGAGCCACACCAGCAUGAAAAAUAUCGCCUUCAUGGGAACGCUGGUGCGCUGUGGCAAUGGGAAGGGCAUCGUGGUAAGCACAGCCGAGAAAAGCGAGUUCGGAGAGGUGUUCAAAAUGAUGCAAGCGGAGGAGGCUCCCAAGACACCGCUGCAAAAAUCGAUGGAUAUUCUUGGUGCACAGCUGAGCUUCUACUCGUUCUGCAUUAUCGGUGCAAUCAUGCUGCUCGGAUGGAUUCAGGCGAAACCCCUUGUGGAGAUGUUUACCAUCAGUGUUAGCUUAGCGGUGGCAGCUAUUCCGGAAGGACUUCCCAUUGUUGUCACCGUCACGCUGGCUCUCGGGGUCAUGCGAAUGGCCAAACGCAACUGCAUCGUCAAGAAGUUGCCCACGGUAGAAACAUUAGGCUGUGUCACGGUCAUCUGCUCAGACAAAACGGGUACCAUCACCAAGAAUGAAAUGACCGCAACUGUAAUCAUUACAUCGGAUGGAUACAUGGCUGAUAUUACCGGCGCCGGAUAUAACGACAACGGAGAAAUACACAUUCGCGACUGCAACAGCAUGGAUAAUGCCAAGCGUAGCAUCAAUCAGCUGCUGGAGGCCGGAGUUGUUUGCAAUAAUGCUAUCAUUCAAGACGAUACAUUGCUAGGGCAACCGACGGAGGGAGCUCUGCUGGCUGCAGCUAUGAAAAACGGACAAUACUCGACGGCAGAUAAUUUCCUGCGAAUACAAGAGUAUCCGUUCAGCUCGGAACAGAAGAUGAUGGCUGUCAAAGUGGUGCCGAAAUAUGCAAACAAUAAGGAGGAGAUCUUUUUCGUGAAAGGUGCAAUCGAAAUGGUGCUACCACAGUGUACAAAGUUUUGGUACGGAGGACAAGCUAUCACGCUGAGCAAACAAAACGAAGCGGAAUUCCUUCAGGAGGCCUACGAAAUCGGUAGAAAGGGGUUACGUGUCCUGGCGCUUGCUAAGGGAUCUUCGUUCCAAGAUUUGGUAUAUCUGGGAUUGGUGGGUAUCACCGAUCCACCGCGACCACUCGUUCGAGAAUCGAUUGAAAUGUUACGAUCCAGUGGAGUGCUUGUGAAAAUGGUUACUGGUGAUUCACAGGAAACAGCGAUGGCUAUCGCUUCCAAAAUCGGGUUGGACAUCGUUCAUAUGCAGGCACUUUCCGGACACGACAUGGACCAGAUGAACGAGAUGCAGCUGGAGAAGGUCAUCAACACGGUCAGCGUGUUCUAUCGAGUAACCCCAAAGCACAAGCUCGCCAUAGUGAAGGCCCUGCAGCAGACCGGUCACAUCGUUGGAAUGACCGGCGAUGGUGUUAACGACGGAGUGGCACUGAAGCGGGCCGACAUUGGAAUCGCAAUGGGCAAAAAUGGAACAGACGUGUGCAAGGAGGCAGCAGAUAUGAUCCUGGUGGAUGAUGAUUUCCACACCAUAAUAGCCGCCAUUGAAGAAGGUAAAGGGAUCUUCUGGAACAUUCGGAACUUCGUUCGCUUUCAGCUGAGUACAUCGAUCGCGGCUCUCUCACUGAUUGCCCUGUCGACGUUGAUGGGAAUCUCCAAUCCACUGAAUGCUAUGCAAAUUUUGUGGAUCAACAUCAUCAUGGAUGGACCACCGGCUCAAUCGCUCGGCGUGGAACCAGUCGAUCAGGAUGUACUGAAGCAGAAACCUCGCAAUGUGAAACAACCUAUGAUCUCUAAAUCGCUCAUCAUCAACGUUCUGCUGUCGGCUGGCAUCAUCAUCCUUGGCACGCUUUGGGUAUUCCAGCGGGAGAUGGCCGACGGAACGGGUGUCACCAGUCGGGACACCACGAUGACGUUCACUUGUUUCGUACUGUUCGAUAUGUGGAACGCGUUGAGCUGUCGGUCACAAACCAAAAGCGUAUUUCAGAUCGGUCUUUUCACCAAUCGGAUGUUCCUGCUUGCGGUUGGCUUCUCGCUGCUCGGGCAGCUGCUGGUGAUCUAUUUCCCCCCGCUGCAGAUGGUGUUCCAGACCGAGGCGCUGUCCGGGAUGGAUUUGCUCUUCUUGGUGUCGCUCACCUCGAGCGUGUUCAUCGUGUCCGAGCUGAAGAAGUGGUUCGAGCGAGUCAUGGAGCGACGAAUGUACAGAAAGCGAAGCGAGUUGGAUUUCGUAUGACACUCAGCUCACGCUGGAAGAUUGCACAAAGACUAAAAUGCUGAAAAUAUUCGACAACAACAACGUCUCGGCACAUGAACACACAAACACUGUAAGAGACUUAUCAAUAAGCUUAAUGUUCUGAUCAGAGAGGAAGGAAAAUCGAGACAGAGAGAAACAACAUUGGCAUUGGGAUCUACAAAUUGCGUUUCCACAAUUCGGGUUGGCAAUACUUAUUACAGAAAAACACCCACAGAAUCAGAUGAAAUUGAUAACACAAAACAUUCUAUUAACUACAAAUGCUAAAACGUGAUGAUCGCUUCCAAUCAGAACAUGCGGCAUCGGGGUAACACACAUGUUUUUUUUUACUUAUUUACGGAAACAGUAGGUUUACUUAGGCGCUAUUCGGAAAGUAUUCUUUUGUAGAUAUUUUAAACAAUUACUAUUACUAUAUUAUAAUAUCAUGGGGUUCUCUCGCGUUCAUUGAACAGCUAAUUUAUACAAAUUGAGACCUGUUUCCUCCUCAUUACUAGCUAAAUGUUCUAGAAGUAGAAAACAAUACAGACAAUUCGAUAAUAGGUUUAUUUUUGAGUUUUUGGUUCUACUUUUAGUUUUUGUGAAAGAAAGGAUCUUGUUUUGGUUUUUACUUCAUGUUUCAGUGUCUUUUCCCUUUGUACAUAUGCUAUGGGUUUCAAUAACAUUUGAUUAUUUUCACAAGAUAUUGUUCACUUGAUGUUACAUUUAGUGGAAGUUUAUGCGGAAGCAGUACUCUAAUGGUAUAUAUACUGAGUAAAUUGAUCAAUGACUGUGUAUGUUACUCAUAUGUUGGCUUAUCAACCUAGUUCAUCCCAAGAGCUACCCAGUAUCAGCAAAACUACGAGGUCUAUUCGCGAAUUUGGAAUAUCCGAGGGCUACGAACGAAUCGUUAUUCAUCAGCAUGCAUCCUUCGUACUUCAUCAAAAUCAUGAUUUACAACUUUCGAGCGUCUUUUGAUCACCAGAUUAUGCUUCAGCAUCUUUUUUGGUUGCUUGCAGGGACGGAAAUUACGAUAACCUUCUAGCAUACGGAUUCUCCAGGUGGUACUUUGGUUAGAGUUGUGUUUUUUGACGAUGUCGUACUCCGAGAUUCGCAUCCGAACAACAGUUGUACGUUCACGGGAUCGUUUCAACACAUCAUACACGGUCGAUUCAACCACCUUCAGCGAUUUCGCGAUUUUAAUACUUGAACUGUCAAAACAAAACGUAUCAAUGUGAAAUUUUUACCGUUGAAAGAUACAAUUUGCUAUCAAAAGAUUUCAGAUACGCCUACUACGACCGCUGCUAUGAAAUGAACGGUGAUUCCGGAUUCUCAAUGUUUCAAGCUUUAUUCACGAAUAUCUGUCACGACUGCUUAAAAUUUGCCUUAAAAGUGAAUUAGUUGUAGCUUCAAGUUUAGCCAAUACAGAUGACUUUAAACUUUAUUAGUCGAUUUUUUACAAGCUUCUCUCGAUGCGAUUUUUUUCACCGGUGAAACCAAUCGCCACAAACAGGGAUAGGUUGUAAUCACGUUGUGUCAGGUCCAGACUACGAAGUGUAUGCAUAAAAACCUUCACCAAAAUCUCCAGGAGCUUCUGGCGAGUCGAAGUGUGUGGCCUGGUGUUGUCCUAAUAGUAUAACAUUCCCCCUCUAUUGACUAAGGCUAAAAUCUUGGGCGUGUUCUCUUUCAGACGGUCCAAUUGUUGAUACUAAAGGUCCGGAUCAAACGUUUCAUCAUAGAUGAGCACCAUAUAGUAGAUCAGGGGUUUUCAGAUUUUUUUUAUGGCAGAGCACUUUUUAUAGCAAAAACAUUUGAUGGAGCAUCUGCGUUUUCAAAUCAAUAAAAGAAAUCUUAUUUGCAAUGAAAUUACCCAGCUAAAAACAACUCUAUUUCAGUUUCGCGUAGCAGUUGCACAAUAUUUGACUCGGAGUUAACAAGAUAAAUAACUAUAUGCCCAGUGAAAUUAAAUUACAGAAUGUUUUUUUUUUUUCAAGGUGUGUUUUCAAGUGGGAACACAUGUUAUAACUUCGCGGAGCACAAAUUUCCCGCGGAGCACCAUUUGAAAACCCCUGUAGUAGAUGAUUCCCUGACAGUCCCGCAAAACACACAGCAAAAAUUUCUCAAAAUUCCGCAUUAGUGCUGAUCAGGUGCAGGUUUUGAACUUAAGAGACUUUAAACUCUGAGAAUGCAUUCGUCUCUAGUGCUGAUCAGAAUGUGUUAACGAAUACGCAUACUAAAUAAGGCGCCUAGGGAGACCGUCGUAUCAGAUACAUGCAUACUGUUACAGAACAGAAUGUUUUCCCCAUCACGGAUGCAAAAUCAAAGCACCUGGAGAAGCCGUCGCAGCAGAUACAUGUAAGCUGCGUUUUAUUUUACUCGCUUGUAUUUACAGUGAUUGGAAUAAGGCAGUACUAUAAGAUGGUACUCCUCAAUCAUUGCAACUAUUCAUAGAUCGCCAUUUUGAUUGUCACGGAUGAACUUCGUGUAUCACCUGUGAGGUCGGUCCCUUCUGCUCUAUGAUCAUCAUCUGUGCAUCAACACCUAUGAUUCGCGUGUAUUUGAAAUUGAGCUCGACGGGAGCACAGGAUUUUUCACGUUGUCAUAAUAUCAAGAACCCAUGGUUUCACCAUAUACUCGUAGGUCGAAAAAGCGAUAUUGUGUUAUUUUUCUUAUGUAAUCAAUUCGAUAUGCUGUUCUCAUAUCUUGUCUCAUCUUUCGCAAAGCGAACUGCACAUUUAGAGGCCAAACUUGAUUUCCAGCGCACGUGACCAGAGCAUCGGCGUCAUUCGAACAAAUUCGUCGGAUACGUUCAAAUUUCCAUUUUCGGGUUCAACUGAUGCAGAAAAUUGAAGGAGUUCCUCACAAUCUUGGCUCGAAGUGUAAGAGUGAUUAUCACCAGACAGGUUGAGCACUUUACCUACGAUUUCUUCGCCCAUCAAUUAUAUCUAGUAGCUCGAUUUUUUUUUGCAAUGCAUCUCAGCCUUUCUUGAGAUACUUUUUUUUAUUUCUUAGGUAGCGUGCGAUACAGUCAACUGACUGUCCUGUACCGCUGUGGCAGAUCAUGCUCUAGUCGAAUAAACUUACUAUCUGCUGAUCGAGACUACAAUGAAUCGAAUUAUGUGUUACGUGCGUGUUCAAGUAAUACUAUCAAGUCUAUUCGAAUCGCACAAAGUUUGGAAACACACAUAGAAACGAAUCCGGAUUACUAUCAGUCAUGAUUGACGAACAAGAAGAAGCCUCUACGAUCCCUGUCGAUAAUUUGGCCGCGUUUCGAAACUGAACCAAUAAUUGAAGAAGCAAUUGAAAAUACUCCAAUUCUACCUGUGAUUGAUGUUGUAACCGUUUAAAACGCCUGCUCGAAGCUAAUAGCAUCAUCUCUGGUUCUGAUGGAAUUUCGUCCAUUGUUUUGAAACGUUGCGCUGACAGGAAGGAAGGAAGGUAUUGAAUUAGAGAGACUUUAAACUCUGAGAGUUCAUUCGUCUCUUGCCCUUGAGGGCGGGAAAUUUAACUAAAGGAAAACUAAGAAAAACUAUUGCAAAAUUCGUUAUUCUCGCUCGACUCAGUCUUAGUAACCGCUAUGGACGUAUGUCGUAUCGCCGCACCCUACACGGCUCUGGGGCCAAAAACACAACCCAACAAUUGGAGCAGGGAAAAAGCCCAUUUUAGUGUGCUUGAAGAGCUUGCUUCUAAAAUGGGCGUAAAAACCUGCUCAUCUUUUGCUGAAAUUAGAAAAGAAAACAAACGUAGUUUUAUCAGUAUAGGUAGAUUUAGUAAUUUGACAUUAGAUCUGAUCGAAUAAACCUGUAUCCUUUAGGAACUAGAUGGUCCUUUUUUGCUCGACGGCGUCGUCCGAUAGUGCUGUCCUUAUGGUGUCUGCAACCUGAAACUUUAUUCUUGAAGCAUUAAAUUUAGGGCAUGUGAUUAAUAUGUGUUCCACCGUGAGUCUUCGCCAUCAAUCCCACUGAGUGAAAUGGAGGACAACUCCCGGCCUUUAGAGAAAAUAUAAUAUUAGACUAGGAACCGCCGCUCACCCUACCAUCUCAAAAAUAAGGUGAGAGUCGGUUUCCGGUCCUACGAUUAUGAAAGUUAUUUAAAGAAAUAAUCCGAUUAAAUAUAAUAUGAAUAAGUGAAAGCCUGAAGACCGCCCUCCGUCCCAUCCCUCUUGAAUAAGGCGGAAGGUGACUCCAGGUCUUUCGAUUAAUGAAUUAUUUUAUGAAAAGUAUGGUAAUUAGUAUCAAGAGAUCGAGGGCUGGAGCCGCCGUCCAUCCUACCUCCAUCAAGAAUAAGGUGGACGGCAACUCCGGGCCGUUCGGUUUAACUAAAAUAAUGUUGAUUGAUAUAAAAAAGCUGCAGAUUAAAGGUUAAAAUUAUGUAAUAGAAGUAAUAAUUUAUUUGUUUUUAUUAUUACCCUUUGGAGGGCUGGAAACUUUCCUGGUGUGUGUGUUAUUUGUGUUAGUGUUAUUUUUAUUUGGAGUGGAGUGGUAUAGAGUGUUAGCAUGUGAUUGUUGAUUGUUGUUAUGUGGGUGUUUAUUGUUGGUGUGUGUGUGUGUGUUGUUUCUUCCAUUUAUUUGAUUUGUUUGUUCGUUCCUUGUCCGUUUUCGUUGGACUUCUUUGGUUUGCUUGUUUUCCUCAUCAGAAGACUUAUGUUCUUCAGAAGAUAUUCCUUUGUUCGAGAUUUUCCUUUUAUUUUUAUUCCUAAUUUCAAUGUAUUCCAUUGGAUUAUCUGAUUCCUCUUCGGUUUGCAUGUCCUGUCUAUCCUCUUCAGAUUCUAUAUUCUUUGGUUCCUCCAUUCCUUCUUCUUCUGAUUCUUCGGAAUCUUCUUCAGAUUCAUCUACCGAGCUUUCCGUUUCAUUGCCUGAAGUAAUGGAUUGGCUAUUAUCCUGAUUGGUUCUAGCGGAAUUACAUUGGCAUUUGCAUUGAGUGCAGCCAUCUACUUUUGUUUGAAUGGUAUUAAGUCUGUCCUGCAGCACACUGGAAUAGGUUAUUCCAUUGUUCUGGAGGUCAUACUUUUUCCUAGCUUCGUUGUGAGAUAUUCCCUCAUCUACUCUUAUUCUGGUUAUGUUGUUUUCUCUUACCCAUAUUGGGCACGUCCUGUUGGAUGAGGUAUGAUCACCCUUACAGUUGACGCAAAAUUCAGGGGAUUUACAAAUUUUGUUUCCGGAAAUAUUUGUUUUGUGUUCUUUUCCACAGUUUUUGCAGAGUGGAGUAUUUCGUCUGCACCGUUUUGUUGUGUGCCCAAAGCGGUAACACUUAAAACAUUGCAUGGGGUUUGGAUAAUAAUUCCUAGUCCCUGCUCGAAGAAAUCCAAAAUUUAUAUAUUCAGGAACAACAGUUCCACGAAUGGUCAGAAUUAAUGUUGGUGUGGCUAUAAUCAAAUCAUUUUCUUUCCUGGUGAUACGCUUUACCUCGAUCACUUUUUGAUCGGCUAGUUCUUUUAACAAUUCGUCUUCCUUUAAAUCUAGAACUUCACGACAGGUGACAACGCAUUUGCGUUGAUUUAGAGUCGGAUGGUGAAUAAUUUCUAUUGGGGUGUUAUUAAUUAGCUUGUUAAUUGAAAGUAACUUAUCGAUAACAUCCUUUUCUCUUACUGAGAGUACAUAUUGAAUUCGGUUUUUAUCGUCUCGUUGUGGUCUUGCACUUUCUAAGGAUCCUGCCUUGGCAACUGUCUUGCUUACAAGAAAGGGGUUCGAGGGGAGGGUAUCUUCCCCUGUGGCCCGUAAUAGAAGAAUUUCAAGAUCACCACUCAGUGGGUCAGCCCAAAAUGGACUGGUCCGUUGGGUUGGUCUUCCACGGUAACGGUUUGUAGCCCGGCCUCCUGGAGGUCCGGAACUACUGGAAGCCAUUUUUGUUGCCUAGCUACACCCAGGUGUAGCCGGCGAAAAAGUCAUAAAAUAUUCACUAACCAAAGUAGACCAUACGACGUGCGACGGGGGACGAAAACGGCGGAGGACGGUAACGGCGGGGGACAAUGCCAACGCAGUUACAAGAACAAACACCGAAAUCACUUGGCGGAAAAACACUAUUUUUAAAAACACUUGGAAAAAAUCACUUUUUAAAUGUUAGUUAAAUUAAAAUCAAUUUGGGAUAUGUAGUAAAAAAAUUUUUAACCUAUACCCUUUGGGCGUCCUAUCUCUCACUAACUCCUGGUAUUAAGAAAGGUUUGGUCACUCACCGAUCGUGUUGAUGAACCACUCCUAAUACACCACCAAAUGGUAGUGGGGUAGCGGGGAAGGGACCGGAUACCGCCGACGGCAGGGCAAUUGCCGCAGCGGUUCGAAGCGACGAAGCGAAGAAAACCUCUUUCCACACCUCCUGAGCUGCUGAUGAUUGAUGAGUAGAAAUUGCGCCAAAAUCGCGCGUCACUGGCAGGAAAAACGUAGCUGAUGAGACGGGCACAAACAGCGGGACACGCAGGGGGCAGUGAAAACUGCCGGUCAAAGUGGCCAAUCCGACCGAACCAACUUCCUGAAUGGCCGUUGGGGGCUUCUCGGCUGCUUCCUCCUUUCCUGGUAUCCGGACAACUGUUGCUGAAAAAAACGCUAUAUUUAGGACCGAAAUCAGCUUUGAAAAAAGCUAUACAUUCGGUUGUAGGAGAAAACUUCUAUAGUUAUUAUUCUCUUUUAGAAUGGCGCUAAAACAUAACCGUUGCGGUCGAGUGUCAGUAGCACCAUUGUGCGCUGACAGCUUGUCGCUGCCAUUAUCAACACUGUUUAAUCGCUCAAUUCAAUGCGGAUUGAUAAAUGAGUCUAAUAAAAUAAACUGAUGGGAUAAGAAAAAGCGGAAUUUUCCCCAAUGCAUGGAAACAAUAUCAUGUCCAUAUACACCGAUUUUUCUGCUACUUUCGAAACUAACCAUCGUAUCACGAUCGCUAAAUUGCAUCGCAGCACCUAAAAUGGAUCGUCAUAUCUGACCGGCAGAACAAUUUGUGUGAAAAUAGUUGAAUUCAUAUCCUUACCAUUCGAGGUUACAUCUGGUGUUCCAAAGAAGUCACUUAGGACCUUCAAUUUCCCUGCUGUACCCCAACAACGUCAACCUGAUUCUAGAUUGUAGGAAGCUUUCUUAUGCGGAUUACUUCGAACUUUUUAUGUGCAUGGAAAACUACGAAGAUGCCGCAUUUCUUCAGAAACAGUUGACAACUUUUGCCGAUUGGUGUAAAACCAAUCUUUGAACCGAAACCGGUUAUCUGCCUGCCUAUUUGGCAAAUAAAAUUCAUCUCACUUGUUUGCCAUCCUCGCUUGGGAUCCUAAAUAAACAUAUGCAUGUUAAUGCGAUUGUUUUUGAUAAGGGACGAAACCCAAACAUAUAUAUCUAUCACAUCUCGGGUGGCCCAUACGGCGCUCUCGCCUUGGGUCAUUUCUAAACAUGCUUUUCACGAAAAAGGUUCAAGUGGGGAACAUCUAGCUAAUUGCCUACUAUAAAAUUUCUAAUUCUAUUCCUAUCUCUACGCCACCCGUGUAGGGUCCCAAGUAAACAAUUAUAUUAUUUGUCCUAUUCCCUUUCCUUCACAAAGUGCGUUAUAUGAUGCUUAGUUUGUUUGCGUCAUAAUUAUGCGCCGCUUAUCUGAAGCUAUAGAAACCAAAGAAAGGAAGUAAGGAAAAAACACGCGAUUCCCUCCUGCUGGCAUUGAUUUAACUUGGUCGAAUUAAUUGAGAUGUGCCUUUUGCGCUUUUAUUUUUUAAUUAUGCAUUGUGCCAUACAACCGAUUUCAUCUGGUUGGUCUGACAAUCCCACAAACACAAGACACAAAUCUACAGCGACAUAAUCACCAUGCAAGAAGACCCUAACUGUAUCACCUGCGAUAUUUCUGCCGCAUAUUAACAGAGCGCAAAGCAUAUGAGAAUAAUCGUGAGGAAAGACAAUUCAUUCCCGCUCGACACUCACCGGAAACGAUGUUGGUCCGAUGACUACCAAACGAUACUCUCCCCGCCAUUCAAGAAAAUACUGUUCCGUUUGCUAAAAUAAACCUGACGAAUUAUAUUCGGGUUGAAGUUUCUUGUAGCUGAAAAAUCGUAGGGUCGAAUGAACUGAUACGUUUAAAGCCUCUAUAAUUCAACACAUCAUCAUCAUCAUAAAAACGGUAAACGUGGGACAGCCGUUCAGCUUUAUCAUAGCAGAUUCAAUGAACUGAAACCGAAUGUGCGAUAUGGAUGGAUCGGAGAAGCAAUCAAUUGUAGAGCGGAUUCCAAAAUUCAAAAAGUUGUACAAGUUAUUCACAGUUAUUGAGGUCAUCUAAAGCCCUCACAUCUCAUGAAACGCCCUUUCGGGAUCAUUAUGAAAUCCAAUAUAUUUUCACAGAAAUGUAACAUCAAUGAAUUUUUAGCUUUCGAUGUCUUAUGUUCGCUUUUAUUUCGAAAAACCAUGCGGGAAAGGGAUAUUAACAAAAAAGGAAGAAGUGCAUGCCGAACACAUAUCGAGUAAAACUGCGGUGUCCAAUAACUACUAGCUAAAUCCAGAAAUGAAAUGAUUUAAAACUAUAUACCCUACAUUGUACAAAAGUACCGUAAUUUCGUGCGUUUACUUCCCAAAGGCAAUCAAAGCAUCUACUGAUAGGUGCAUGCAAAUACUGAAGAGAGUUAUUAAUUUACAUUUCCCACGAACAACUGACGACAAUAGAUAUGACAAGCGGAUGCCAGAACUGGAUCUGGAACUGGUCAAAAACGGGAACCAGUUGUUCGGGUUCCGUCAGGUUAGGUAUUUAAUGUAACAGGCAGGCACAUAUAUUUUUCUGGACAGAGUGAGGGAAAAGCGGGUUGUGAUAUUAGAAACCCAAAACUAGAAUAGCACCGGUCGUUGGGAAUGCAAAGAAUGCUGUCUCGUAGGAUCAUCGGUAUUACUUAACAGUUCCAAGCCGGCCGCUGGUAAUUCGUAACUAUCAUUCAACACUUCAUCUGUGAAACAAAUAUUGAUGUUAAGCUCGAUGUGCGGUAGGAAGGUCUAUAAAUCGUGCGCAUGUGUAGAAUGGCUUUUUUUAGAUACUUCCAGUAUUAUCAUUUGUUGGCCCUAAAAUUUUGAAGUACGUAUUUUUGGAACAUCUUCGAUGUCCCCUUCAACAGCGAAACCAAAUUAUCAAUUGUGGAGUGCAAUUUGAAGCACUGUCGUGAAAACAGCAAACAUCGAAGUUGAUCUGAUUGGUUGUCUUCUAAAACUGAAAAAACGAUAUAACAUCAACAGCCACAAGUCUAACAGUGAUGAAUAGCAACAGCAGCAGCAAACCAAAAUCUUCUAGCGUGAGAGCGAAUAAAAUACGAAAUAUAAUAAUUAGCACUGUCUGUGAAAAAUUGCAGCAGAUUGAAUAAAAAUUAUAAUUUAGAAUACCAAAUUGUGCAAAAACAAGAAAGUUGAAAAACAAUUUGAAAAUUGGGUUUUGAGAAAACCAGGCUUUGAUUAAACGAGUAAAUAUGACAAAGCCUGAAAUCAUAGAAUAGUAUGAGUUUUUCAGGUUAAAUGUUCAUGAUUAUUUGUAAAAGAGAGGUAACUUGUUUGACGUUCGUACUAAGUAGGCUGCACGCAUUGAAAAAAAAAAUAUGACAGUUCUCUAACACUCACACGCGCAUAAACACGGCACAAUUCAUCACUUCGUCAUUUUAGAAGCACAAUCAAUUAUAUUCCAACUUGUACACACGAAGAAGAGUGAAAUUUAAAAACGGAAAUUUUCAUCACAUAAUUACCACCAUGAACAUCGCACUAUCGCUUCAAAGUUGUUGAAAUAAUGAUCUGAGUUCUCUUUGUACAUAGAAUGAUCUACUACUCUCAGUAUUAGUUACAAUUUGGUGUAAUUCCAGUUUUCAUUGGAAGCUUUCCACAAUUUCGAACUACCCACAAUUCGGUACAUCAUUCUACCACCUUUCAAGUGAUCUUCACAUUCCCUCUUCAAAAGCAUGGCAACACAAGGCACCCACUCACCAUUGCAUCUUUUUUUCUAAAUAUCAAGGAAACAUACAUGUGCACGUACUUUUUCCACUCACCAUAUUUGUCAUAGCCCCAAAAAAAAGAAA